UAACAAGGAAGUUUACACCUGUUCGGAAAAGUAAUGGUGUAACGGGAAUUAUGUAUAAGUUUGCAUAGGAGAUUAAAUGGUACAACCACAGUGACAGCAACUGAUUUUCAUGAGACAAAUUCAUUUAUGUUUAAAACUUAAUUCCUUAAUUCCUAAUCAUGACAGAAGUAAUUUCUUCGGGCCAAGUUUUAUCAGAUUCUGCUUUCAAAAGUAGACCACAUUUUAAAACCUACUUGUAUACUGAUGCCAAUGCAGGUGGGCAUGCUGUGCAUCAGAUUGAGGAGAAGAGACGCAUCCGGCAUAUGAAAUUUCCAUCACUGUCCGGUCGUCAAGAUGUAGACUCUUUCCAAGAAGAUUUGAAAAAUAUUGCUUUUAAGCGAUGGAAUGAUAAUGGUGAUUACCGUGCUGAGGCGCCAUUCCGUAGUUAUGAGAACAUUGUUGAUCCUGUGUCUGGUUUUGUCAGUGCUGGUGGCGAUGUUGAUCGUAACACAGGUCACCAGAAAAUUAAAUCACUAGUUCAGUUAAAUGAUACUCCACAAGCUGCUGCACCUCUCUCUAAAGAUUCAGAUAGAAAGAAUGAGAGGGCUGCUCCCCCAGAACUACGGCGGUCCAAUACAUAUGAACCAGGAGCACCCUCUGCAUGGAACAGUAGGAAAACAUCCGAUAUAUGGAUCAGAUCACAACUUGGUGGUUGGACUAGUGCACAUGAUCCUAGACACCCACCUAAAGAAACAUUGGACAUGAGAAGAGCUAAGUCAAUGUUUGUACAAAAACCUCCAUCAGAACAGAGCAAAGAGGGACGUGACCAUCUUGCUAUGAAACAUCAGUACAGUACUUCAACUCAAAAGGCUUUUGAAGAAGUGCCAUGGGACACCAUGUUACCACCUAAGCAAUGGGCACCAACUACAACCCUGGAGACACGCCCAGACAUGAUCUCACAGACAUACACUUUACAUAGAUAUGAUCCAGCAGCUCAAGAAUGGCAGAAUGCAGGCAGAUCAUGGGAUUGGUUUCAGAAGAGAAAUGCUUAUUAUAAAUCAGGACCUAUUGUCUUCUGCAGUCAGCCACCUAGAAAACAACAUAUACCAGGCUAUGGAGGUGGUGUAGGAGCUGAGAACCUUGAGGAACUAGACAAUGCUGCUAUAGAUUUCAAACCUUUCACCAUCAAACGGGUCAACAUACCACGCUAUAGUGAAACAUCACACAAACCCAAUAUUCCCGGCUAUCAGGGUUGUACACUAUACAGAGGACAGUAUGCUCCAGCUCACAGUGUGCCUCAUCCUCCAAACAGUCAGGCCACUACAAAACUUGUUCAUAAAGAGAAGCCGGUAACAGAUUCAGCCAAUCAGAAUCACAAACGGGAAGCUAAGAUGUCGAAGAUGGUCACAUUAGUACCUCCAUGUAAUCCUUUCAACCAGAUAAACAAACUGGAAGAGGUCAUUGCAAACAAGGUGGAUUAAAACUGGACAGUGUCUCAGUAUCACUGUACUACCUGUUUGUACCGUGAUCUUGUUUUACCUACUCAUACAAUAGAACAUCCUACAAGUUUCUAUAUAGAAACAAAAAUUAUGAAAGUUUUGGUAUAAGGACCAAAAGCAUUUUCAAGAUUUUUUUCACAUAGUUGAAAUCUUUAUUUGAAUUCAUUUAUUUCUAAACUUUGGAAUCUAUCCAACUGAAUACUAAACUUGUACUUUGAGAAGGAAAAACAGAAAUAUAUACAGUAAAGCUAAUUUUAAUAAAGAAACAACAAUGAAAACUGCCAGAAAAUUCAUGUUAAAUGUCAGCAUUAAAAGAGUCUUUCAUCUAUUUUAUACUACUUAGAUGCAAAUAUAGUGUGUAUGAAUUGAAUAACUUGAAACACCCAAAUCCCAAUAUAGUGUGAACUUUUUAGUGUAAAAAUGUAAUUCCCUCUUAUGGCUUUGUGUUAUGUAUCAUCAUGACUUUUCGAGAAAAGGGUUUGCAUUUUUACAGGAAAUGCUUCAUUCCUAUUUAGUCUUGAAGUCUGAUAGAUGUUCACUUUCAUGAAUAUUUCAUAACAUAUUACUUCAUGAAAGUUUUUUUCCAGGUUUCUGUCCUUUAAUUAUUUGUUUAUUUAAAAAAGUUAUUGAUGAAGAAUUCUAUUAUAAUAUUUUUGUAGGUUUCUGUUCAUUUUGUAUUUUUAUAUUUAAAACUCUUUCAAAACAAGUCCAUGGUUAAGUCACAUGGUUAUUACAUAAAAACAUGACAUAGAGGAGUUAAUAUUUCAUGUUGUAUUCAUAUACAUACCAGUAUUGUGCAGUAUCAAAAAGGGUAAGUAAGUAUAAAUUCAUAGUGGUCAGCAUUCAUUUGAAUAUAUUUAAUGAAUCAAAAUAUAUAUAUAUUUUAUAGAUUUUUAUAAUGCAAGUGUGUUUAGCACUGGUAAAGGAUACACCUGUUCCUUAUCUUUUAUCAUUUUAUAGAUUUAUAAGUUUUCAAUUUAGAUAGUAUAUCACUUUUUUCUCAUUCGAGAAAACCAUACAUUCAAGCAAUUUUAUAUGACUGAGUCAUACACGUGUUGUUAUUUCUUUGUUUGUUUUUUUUUAUAUACAUUUAUGUUUAUGUUUUCUUUUUUAAAGCUAAAAUGUGGACGGAAUGCAAGAACUACUAGGCAUAAUUAAUCUGUUGUCAACUGUGCUCCAAGCAGUAUUGUAAACUUGAAUGAUUGGACACCAUUUUUUGUUUCUGUACAAGAAGUUAUCACCCUUUAAUUCAUUUCUAGCAAAAAUAAUUAUAUUUCAACAGAUGUCAAAAAACACUGUUUAGUAAACUAAUGGCAAUAUCAAACCUGUAAGUCAGAUAAAACUGUGCAUUAUUACGUUUGGAAUGUUCAUAUAAAAUGUAGUUACGUAUUAGUAAACUCAAACAGUGCUUAGUAACUGGUACAACAUUAUAUUUUUAGCUGCGAAAUAUUGUGGGUUUUAGCUCACCUGAGCACAAAGUGCUCAGGGUGAGGUAUUGUGAUCGCUCACCAUCCGGCGUCCGUCCGUCCGUUGUACAUCCGUCCGUCGUCCAUCCACACUUUCCUUUCAACAACAUCUCCUCCUAAACCAACUGGCCAAUUUUGAUGAAACUUCACAGGGAUGUUCCUUGGAUGGCCCCCUUUCAAAAUUGUUCAAAGAAUUGAAUUCCAUGCAGAACACUGCAGACCCCGCCCUAGGGGUCACUUGACUUUACAUAGGAAAAUCUUCAAAAGUUUUCUAAAAAUAAACCAGAAGGCCUAGAGCUUAGAUAUUUCACAUGUAGCAUUACCUAGUGGACCUCUACAAAAUUUGUUCAUAUCAUGACCCCCUGGGUCAAAAUUGACCACGCCCCAGGGGUCACUUGAUUUUACAUAGGAAAAUCUUCAAAAAUUUUCUAAAAAUAAACUAGAAGGCCUAGAGACUAGAUAUUUGACAUGUAGCAUUGCCUAGUGGACCUCUACAAAAUUUGUUCAAACCUUGUCCCCCGGGGUCAAAAUUGACUCCGCCCUAGGGGUCACUUGAUUUUACAUAUGAAAAUCUUAAAAAAAAAUUCUAAAAAUAAACCAGAAGGUCUAGAUCUUAGAUAUUUGACAUGUAGCAUUGCUUAUUAGACUUUUACAAAGUUUAUUCAAAUCAUGACCCCUGGGGUCAAAUUGACCCUGCCCCAUGGGGUUACUUGAUUGUACAUAGAAUAAUCUUCAAAAUUUUCUAAAAAUAAACCAGAAGAGCUUAGAUAUUUGACAUGUAGCAUUGCCUCUACAAAAAGUUUUCAAAUCUUGUUUUUAAAGUUACUUAAAGAAAAUUUCAACUAUAUUUUCUUCUAUUAUGAUCUUUUGACCUUGAAGACUUGUCCUUAAGUGCAAUGAUAACAGGUGAGCGAUAUAAGGCCAUCAUGGCCCUCUUGUUUUGUUUAUUUUUACAAGUGGAAAUAUACCAUGUAUUUUGAUGAAGAUUUAAAAGAACUUAAAGUAUUUCCCCAAACCUACCAUAAUUUUAACUUAUUUGUCUAUGUUGUGUACAAGAUGUCAGUGUUUUGUAAAAACAUUAUGUAUUAUAAGCAGUAUUCACAUUGUAUUGUGUGAUGCACACUAAUUUUGAAAACCAAAUCAAACAGUAUUUUCUUUUUUUAUAUUUUCUUACAAAUUUUACUGUUGUGCUUUAUACAAAUGUUGAAGUUUAUACCAACAAUAUGUUAUCAUUUCAUAAGUUUAGAUUAUAAUAUAUAUAUUUUUCAAUACUAUUUUGUAACCUAUACAACACACGAUUGCUAAGUUGAGAUAUUCUUUUGUUGAGAACAUGAAAAUAUUAUAAUUAUAAAUUUACAAUUUCGUUCUUUCCAGUUGUAGAUAUUUUAAUGAAGAUUAUUGAUCUUUAAAAUAUUUAUUGACUGCCAUUUUCGAUUUGUUGUAGAACAUUUAAUAAUUAUAUAUUAACAUAAAAUUCUAUAUCACUUGUGCACAAGAAUUAUGUAUGAAAAUCAUGGUAGAAUAUAAAGUUCAACAAAAGUAUUUCCAAAAUACACUUAAGUAUUUCGAAAUCACACCCUAGUCUACAAGAAAAAACUUAAUGAUUUAAAUUAUGAAGAUUUGUUUUGCUUUUGAAAGCACAGUAGGCCUAAACUUUAAAAGUCCUUGUAUAUUUCUAUUUAGUAUUGAGUCAUUUCCUGGUGUGUGACAGUGUGCAUAUUUAGAUUUGUUAAAAAGCUAUUCACAAAAUACACAUUACAUACUAUUAGGUUUGUCUUUUACCAUUUAGUAUACAUACUGUUGGUAGUAUAUAUUGUUACUGUUUUCUUUUGUUGUAAGUUAUGAUAAAUCUGUGAUAAUACCUGUCAGUAUUCCAUUGUCAAUUUUUGUGACAGUCUAGUAGAAAUAAUUAUUGCUGUUUAAACUGUCUACCAGUAUUAAUAGAAAUUGUUAUUGUGACAUUCUUUUGAUAGAACUUGCUUUUGUGACAGUCAGUUAAU